UUUUGCGUUUGCUCUGCUCAUUUCGCGUUUGGCUUAAAGUUUGUUUACAAUUUGAUAGCGUGCAAUUUUAGGCAAAUAAACAAACUAAACAAGUAAUAUAUAGAGAAAUUUGACAAAAUCAAGAAAAUAUUCCAAUUCAUGAACAUAAGCAUUAAGUGAUUUGAACUUUGCUGACUACCGAGCAACUAAAAACGAACGCGCAAAGCGGCAACUCACCCACUGGGAGGCGUAGGUGAGCCAACGUCCUUUAAAGCCGCUGACAUGGAGGACUUUAGCAGCAUUAAGGCCAAUAGCUCGGUGGUGAAGCUAGCCGCUUGUCUGGAGAAGAUCUACCACAAAAUUGUCGAGUCGAAGGAAAAGCAGGUGGCCGAGCACCAAAUCAAGGAAAUUGAGUUCCUUAAAACGCAAUGCAAGCACGAGCACAUGCAGCUCAGCCUGAUGAGCUGUCAGACGCUGGUCCGCCUAGUCGACGAGGGUGUCCUAGAUGCCAACAGCGUGCAGAACACGCUUCUAUCAAUGCUGCCCAAUGCAGGUCCCAUGCAUUUUGCCAUUAUUACGGAGAGUAUAUUGGGACUCCAGAUGCUGAGUCUGAAGCGCAAGACGUCGCUUCUUAAGGACGGGGAGACGUAUCAGUGUCCUUAUGGCCUAAAGACGCAGCUGCAUCCGCUGAUAUCGUUGAUGCAACACACGAGCGCCAACAUGCAUGACGUCAGCAACAAGAUUAUUGGCAUCUGUCAGCAUCACGACAAGAACAUCCGGAACUACAGCAUCGAGUAUUUGCGUCCAGUCUUUCUGUAUGUCCUAUGCAACCCUCAGACGCUGCAGGAUGUCAAGCCCAUUUGGACGUGCUUGCUGGGUCUGAGCCACAGUCAGCCAGAGGCUCGGGCGCUUAUGGAAGAGCUGCUGUCAUGGAGCAAGUUCAACAACGCCAGCACUUGUCUCUGCACCAGCAUCUUGGUCAUCGAGGCCAUCGAUUACUUUCUGCAGCAGGCUGACCACGCCCAGUCCAUCGAUCUGUGCAUUUACCAGGCGCUGCUUAUCAAGCAGCUGGCCAACUAUGGCAUCGAUCCACGUCCAAGUUUGCAGUGCCUGCUGCGCGUGUUGCAUGCAACGCGCGAGCACACGCGUCAUCAUUAUCACGUGCUGCUCGUACUGCUCGCCGAGUGCCUCCACGUGCUGUCGCCCUUCUACUUGGCUGAUCUGCUGCGCAUUAUUGUGUUUGUGGUGGUGCAGGAGCGCUGUGGCCAUGAAUACAUUCUGAACAUGUGUCUGGACGGCAUCAUUCAGUGGAUGUCUCAGACUGCAUUCAUACCCGCAGAGGGUCUAGCACUGGCCCAUCAGAUUGUCCAACGUAUCCUGGAUCAGCAGAAGCCGCCACAAGAUGCUACUGAUGAUUUUGCAACGCGCAUUUGCACCAAGGAACUUCAGCCGGCGCACAUGCGCAACUAUCAUCCGGACAUAGCCAUUGCCUUUGAUCUGGCGAACCUGGUGGAAUCCUUUGAUGUGUCCGAGAACAAAGAUGUAUUUGCCUUUGUAGAUGCUUUAAAUGUCAAGUCAAAUACGACUUUUUGCCAGCGCCUGCAUUUGUUUCUGCGUGCGCUUUUCCUGUCGCGGGAACCGGCCGUUGACUGCUGGUUCAAGAUCUACGAGGUCAUCUUGCAGAUAAUCAAGGUGAACGAGUAUAUUGCCUACGAUUUCCUCAUGACCUACGUCUUCAAACUCGCCCACGAACACAACCCGGAGUUGCAGCUGGAACUGCUACGUGGUCUGUCCAGUUUUGCCGUGUCCAAGGAUAAUGUGCCCAUGAUAUUAAACACCAUACGCAAUCUGUCAUCGGACAAUGCCACAUUCUGUGUGGACUUGUAUCUGAGGCUGUGGCGAGUGGAGACGCGCACCUAUCCCUUCCUCCUGAAGCAAAUUGCACAUCCGCUGCCGGACAACGACAAACGCUGGGAGUUGGAAGUGGCUCGAACUCAUGCCAUGCGCGAGAUCUGCCAGGAGAAACCCACUUUGCAUGGCUCGGAGCUAUUGCCACACUUGAGCAACACGCUGAACAGCUGCACGGAUGAAUCUGGUGACCUGGCCACGUCCCUGGCGCUGGAUGCCAUUUAUGCCCUGUGUGACAGUCACACGGUUAACAUUGCCUCAACAUGGCAGGCUUUGGGCAGCAAGUUUCGUGCCGAGCAGCGACCUCAGACCUUGAAAUCCCUGUAUCAUUUGUUUGGUCUUGUACCGCUGCUCCAAACACCAACCCUGGAGUACGAGAAACUGGCGGAUGAUGCACUUGAGCAGCUGUGGCAGGCUAUCAGCCGACCAAACACAGAUGCCACCCAGGUGCGCAAUGCACUUGUCGCACUCAAGAGUUAUGAGCCGGGAAAUACAUUGACCCUACGUCAUAUUCCUCCGCAGUUUCGCUUUGAGAUUGUGGGAGGUGGUGCCGUUGCAGCGCCAGGUGCUCGAGAGGUGGUGAAUCUUCAACAGCAGGAGACCAUACCAGGCGAGGUGUGGGUGCAGCUACUCCAAAAGAUACGACCUGAAUGCGGAGAUGCUGCCGCCGAUCUAAUAGCUCAUUACAUUGGCAACGAGAUCAGCGGCUUCCGCAGCGGCGUCUACCGUCUUCCCGAGGGCAAACCGGAGCCCCGCAAGCUAAUGGGACUCUUUGCGACCAGUCCUCUGCGUGCGGUCACUAGUUAUCUCGUUAGUCAGUCUCGGUUUGGGGACUACGUGCCAGAACCCUAUGCAGUCACCUACGCCCUGCGAGCUCUCUCUAAGCGAUUCUCCAAGCCGAUACCACCGAUGGACUGGAGCUGUCUAACUAGCUUCUUCCACCUGUCAUUUGAUGCUAGAAAAUACUGCGUUAUGAUAGCUAAAAAUCAGGCUCUUCAUAGUGGAACUGCGCGAAGGCUCUUGGAAAAUUUCUUGGCUGACUUUGAACCCAAUUGCUUUGAGGAGGAUUUGCUGCUUCUGUUCUCCCUGCUGCCUGAAAUUGGAAACAGCGUGAGCCUGCAAAUCCUUAAGAACUUUGCGGAGAAGGUGGCUGUCUACUGCUUUAAGGAAUCGCAGCUGAACGACUUUGCCGAAGGCUGCCUGUUUGAGAAGUUUUUGGACAGCGUCAAGUAUAUAUACACUGAUAAAUGUGAGAUACCCGAGGUGCUAGACGUAUUCACGCUUAUUGUAGAGCGUUACAUGGACUCGAUGAAUCUAGAUUCGAGAUUAUUUGAACGCUACACUGAAGUGGUGUCCGUCCUGCAUCCGAAUGCCAUCGAUGGUCUGACCACGCCCGCGAAUUGGUGGGAAACGCCAGUGGGAAAGCUGAAGAAGGCAACAAUCAUUCGCUGUUACUUGGUGUUAUAUAACGAUAAACUGCCGAAUCCUUUGAAAUGGUUAGCUCCCAUUAUAGAUGCCUACGAAAAGCGAGCGGAGGAACGUCCUUUCUUCUAUCGCCACCUGGCUGCCACUCUGUAUGCCUUUGGGAGCGAUGAGCAUGCAUGCAACUGGAUUAUGGAAAUCUUUCUGGAAAUUCAAAUGCUGCUCGCAGAAGCUUCCAACAAAGAGAAACUCAACAGAGCCCUCUAUCUACUGGACAUCUUUAUAUUGGCUGCGGAUGUUCUCUCUGGCUGCGCGGUGCUGCUGGGCAGUGUAGAUGUUGUGGCCACGGAUGACAAGGAGCGAUUUAAUCUAUUUCCAGAGAGCUUGCAAUAUCUUUGCGAUCAUAUAUUUUGGAAGGACCAGGAGGCAAAGAUAUACGAAUUCCUCUACAAUCUAUAUAAGCAUGCGUCCAUACCACUGAUCUAUGCAGACAUUUUCAAAGAAGCAAUUAUUUGUUCGCGCAACAAACCUUAUUUUGAUAAUAAGGGCGUCUGGACCAAAUAUGUUGGUUUGCGUAAAUGAAUUUUUAACUAGCCCAACCACUUAAAGUGCACUUAUUGUUAUAGUUAAAACAACUUAAAUUCCUUUUUAUAGGUUCUAGUGCUGCAUUUGUUGACUAUAUUAAAUGAAUUUUUAGCAUUCAAA